CCACUUCCUUCCCCUCUCUUCACUCUUCCACUCCCUCCCCGACUUCCCCAAAACAUUGUUGUUUGUCAACCAUCUGUGCGCGUCCUUCAGCCUGGCCUAUAUCCGACCUUACUUCCAGAAUGAACAACUUCCGUUUUGGCGACUCCGACGAGUCGGCCUCCGAUCUCGAUGACGAUACAUCCGGCCUGCCAUUCCCGGAACCUCUGUCCCGUGCCUCCUUUCUCGCACCGGAUUUCGACCCCGCCACCUACCUCUCCUCAUUGACCAACCGACACCAGAGCCUGGAAGACUUGCGACAAGAACUACGGGACCUCGACCAAUUGCUCAGCCGGGAGCUGCUCGACCUGGUCAACGAGAACUACCAGGAUUUUCUGUCGCUGGGGAUCGCACUGCAGGGUGGAGAGGAGAAGGUCGAACAGGUGCGCGUCGGGCUCCUGGCCUUCCAGCGCGAUGUGCGGGCGAUCCGCGAUAAGGUGGAGGCCCGACAGGAGGAGGUCGAAGGGCUGCUGAAAGAGAAGAAGCGGUUGAAGGGUGAGGUCAACGUGGGACGCGCGUUGCUGGACUACGUGGAUCGCAUCGAGGAGCUGGAGAGGAAACUCAUGAUCGGAGACGCCGCUCGCCAACCUCGCGCCGACUCCUCCGCUACCGAGGUCGAGUCGGACUCGGACUUUCUGGACAGCGCCAGCGAUGAUAGUGAGGAGGAACUAACAAACGGGGCUUCGGCAACACCGCUCGUUUCGCUGAAAACGCUCGAGCACCAUAUCCAGAAGUAUUUGUACCUGACGAGGCUGGCGGCCCGGAUUGGCGAGGAACAUCCCUUCAUCCAAGGCCAGCGAACUCGGGCCUCGAAGAUUCGAUCAGCGCUGCUCCUGGAUCUGAAAACGGCCCUGGACCAGGCCAGCCAUGCGGGUGACAAGCGAGACAAGAGAACGAUGGCUAUCUUACGCCUCUACAAGAUCAUGGGUGAGGACGCCACAGCGGUGUCUGCACUGAAGAACAUGAAAUCCUAG